UUUUCAUUAUUACUUAAUUACUUAUCUUUGUGCUAGACUUACAAAAUAUGUAUAGAGUGCUUCUAAAUCAUCAAAGCUUUACAAUCUCACAAGUUUUACAAAUUCAUCACAUUUUGAUAGUGAAAAGACUGUUAAAAUGGAAAGCGUGUUCAAAUUAGGCAACCCUCAGCACGAAGAUGCCAAAGUGUACUCCAACGAUAUAGUCGACGGAAUCUAUAGUGAACUUAGAAAUACUUACAAUAGCUUGCACCAGACUAAGAAUAAAUAAGAUCUUUAACCUCCUGAGGAAAGGAAAGUUCAUGAAAAACAUAAUUUCCUUACCUCCAUCUAUAAAAGUGUCACCUAAAAGAGCUAGUGAACAUAAUGAAGAAAGAAUUUUCAAGACAGAUAUUUAAAAAAUCAGCCUCUCCUAUACCCCAAAAGCCCAAGAAGAAACCAAUCCAGUUAAAAAUUAGGAGGAAAAUAUUACCCCUGAAUGCUGUACAGGCUAAGGUCGGAAAGAAGAGGGGAAGGACUCGAAGUGGUGUUCAGAGAGUUUCGAAAGUUUGAAAUAGCAAGACUAGAAUGCAUACGAUAGACAGACAAAAACUAGCAGACAUCAACUUGACCAAUAUUGCAAAAGGAAAUAGGAAAGAUAGAAAGAAAGAGAAUUACUCAGAUCAUUUAGAAGUGAAGUUCACCUCUUUUUUUGGCAACCAAAGGGGAGCGAAAAGUCUUGAUCGCUGGAGCAAACCAAAGCCAAAGCGUCUAAACAUAUCAGUCGAUGCACAGUACUGCAACACUAAGAGAUUAAGCGGUUUAAAACUAGCAUUUGAGAAAAGUGAUCCCAAGCUGAAAAGUCUAAGAAAGAAAACAAAAAGUAAUAAACAGAAGAUAUACUCAAUAAUAAGAAACUGUCAAGAGAUUGAAGGCAAUGGAAAAUAAGGUUAUCAGGAACAUUGAUGACGAGCAAAGUAUCACAAAUAUCUACAACCAAGGCUUUAAUAAGACUUGCCAAAUUCUUCAAGAAGUAGACUUUGCUGAAGGCAAAGUAAUGGAAUUGCUCUAUCAAAAGAGACAGGAAGAUAUCAAUGAAGAUAUAGACCUAGCAGACCAAAUUGCUAAGGAAUACAGAACAGGUCAAUGGAAAUAAA